AUGAAACUUUGUAGCAUUUUAUUCACCUCUGCUUUUGCGAGAGAGCACUAUCAUGGAGAUAAGGUUUUUCGCGUGAAAAUAGACUCGCAAGAAAAGUUAAACUUUUUUGAAUCCUUCUCAGACGGCUUCGAUGUUUGGAAAGAGCCGCGAAAUUUCGAGGAUUUUGCUGAUAUUCGAGUUCCUAGAAACGAGCUUGAUCGAUUUGAAGUUCUAUUGAAAUCAAGGAAGAUCUCCUCAGAAAUCUUUAUUGAAAAUGUGGAAGACUUGGUGAAAGAGAGUUUGAGAGGUGUAGCUCAGCCAUUCAACAAUUUCAACGAUUUCGACUACGAGCAAUACCAUCGCUUCGAUGACUACCAGGAGUGGCAGCGGCAAUUUUCGCAGAUAAAUGCGGAUAUCGUGGAGAUCGAAGACCUGGGAAGCUCAUUUGAGGGUCGGCCACUAAACUCAAUGAAAAUCGGCAAGGGAUCGCAUCAUAUCGUCAUGCACGGAGGGACGCACGCACGUGAGUGGAUUAGCCCUAUCACCAUGGUCAACUUUGCAAAACAACUCGUCGAUGAAUACCGGGCCGGUGGACUCAAGGCCAAGUAUCUCAAUGACAUCACGUGGCACAUCGUCAUCAAUAUGAAUCCUGAUGGAUACGAGUACACCUUCGAGAGCAGCAGAAUGUGGCGAAAGACGCGAAGUACGAAUAACACCCCGAGUACCUGCAUCGGAGUCGAUCCUAACCGAAACUGGGAUGCUUGCUGGCAAUGUCCCGGUGCAAGUAACAAUCCCUGCAAUGAAGCGUACUACGGACCAAGCGCAUUCUCCGAGCCAGAGACGAAAGCUGCCUCGGAUCAUUUGAAAUCUCUUUCAAAUGUUCGAGCAUACGUCGAUGUCCAUGCUUACGGGCAGUAUUGGAUGUAUCCUUACGGAUACAAAAUUCAACACUCGCAAAGCAACCUGAAAUUGAACACGAUUUCGAUGGACGCUGCUAUUGCCAUUGCCCUUGUUCAUCGAAAACAGUUCAAAUACGGAACUAUCAACGAUGUCAUCUACCAAGCAUCCGGUUCUUCCGCCGACUGGGCCUAUGAUGAGGCCAAUAUUUCUUGCUCAUUUGCUCUUGAACUUCGAGAUCAAGGUCAAUUCGGGUUCCUGCUCCCUGCGAAUCAAAUCAAACCAGUUGCUGAAGAAAUGUGGGCAGGACUGACUGUAAUGGCCGAUGCAGUUAUUGCCGGGACAUGCAACAGAAAAUAA